AUGCUGCCGAAAAAACUUACUUACAAGGCGAUUCAAAACCUUCUAGAUAAUGAUGAUUGGUCGGAUAUUGAUUCUGAUGAUAAUUUAGUUUACGGUGAUUUUAUAAUAAGUCCUUCAAGGUCAUUUUUGCAACAAAAUGAGGAAGAUAGAAUCGAGAUGCGGCUUGAAGAGAUAUUUGGAGUGAAUGAUUUGAGUGAAACAGAACAUGAAGAAAUUACAAAUACAGUACAACCAUGUGAGAAUUUACUAGAUAUAUUAGACUCGGAACAUAAUAUACAAAGUGAGGCACUGCUAGAUGGAACAGGGCUAGAUAAAAUUCAAGAAAAUGUCACCACCGAUGAUCCUCUUCAACAAGUAGCCAUUUCUAAACAUGUUGGGCAAAGCGGCAGUAUCAUAGAAGAGAAUUUAGUAAGGGAGGAGGAUUUGCAAGCCCUACCAAGUUCUACAGUGCCAAGAAAUAGAUCUCAGCCACGGAAAUGGAAAAUGUGUAGAACGACUCAUAACAUUCCAAACUUUGACAGAAAAUUUCAACCUAAGUUUGAAUUCAACCACAAAUCUCAACCAAUAACCAUUUUUGAAAAUUUCUUCUCGGAUUAUUUAAUACAAGUGAUUGCUGAACAAACAAACAGAUAUGCCUACUACAAACAAAGUAAAAACUGGGUUCAAGUCAAUGAACAUGAUAUCAAAGCAUAUUUAGGUAUUCUUAUUCUAAUGGGCUUGAAUCCAUUACCAGACAUGGAACUUUAUUGGUCAAGUGAUCCCUUCUAUAACAACCCUGAAAUUUUUCGUGUAUUUCCAAUAGCAAGAUUCAAGAAAAUAACAGAAAAUCUUCAUCUUAAUGACAACAGCAUCGAACCCUUAAGAGAUUCACCAAACUAUGAUAAAUUAUAUAAAUUGAGACCAUUGAUCACAACAUUGAAUGAAGUAUAUCAGAACGAGGCAUACAAUUCAAGUGUACAGUCAAUCGACGAGUGCAUGGUGAAAUUUAAAGGCAGGUGCUCAUUAAAACAAUAUAUGCCCAAAAAACCCAUUAAAAGGGGGUUUAAAGUGUGGGCCAGAUGUGAUGCAAAAACGGGAUACUUAUACCAAUUUCAGAUAUAUACAGGAAAAGGUGAUAGUAUUCAAGAUGAAGGUCUGGGCUACAAUGUUGUGAUGAAACUUAGUGACAACCUCCCUAUGAAUACAUUACUAGCCUUUGACAAUUUCUUUACUGGUUGCAAUUUGAUGGAAGACUUAUAUGAUAAACAUAUUUAUGCUGUAGGAACAGUAAGAACAAAUCGAAAAAACCUCCCGGAAAUUAUAAAAAAGCAACCAAAACAGUUAAAACUACAAAAGCAUGAGUUCUCAGUGAUGACAUCAGAACCAAUAACAGCCAUAAAAUGGCUUGAUACAAAAGACGGUUACAUUGCUAACGACAGCACAUCAACCAUUGGACAUCACAUACGUAAAAAGAACUCAAAGAGAUGGUACAAGAGCAGAGAUUCUUUGCCCGAGAGCAAUUGCGUCUUACACAAUGAGUAUGGGUGGGGUUGA